AUGUGGGAAGAGCUUCAGGACGAGCACCAACCUCCUGAGGUGAUCCACAGUGGGGAAAAGCCCUACACGUGUGGGAAAUGUGGGAACAGCUUCAGCCAGAAGUCCUGCCUGAUCCGCCACCAGCUCAUCCACACUGGAGAACAACCUUACACCUGUGGGGAAUGUGGGAAGAGCUUCAACCGGAGAUUCAACCUCCGCACUCAUCUGGGCCUGCACUCCAGGGAACGGCCCUACAAGUGCUUGGAAUGUGGGAAGAGCUUCAGCCAGAGCUCUGAUCUGAUCCACCACCAGAAGAUCCACAGUGGGGAACGGCCCUACAAGUGCCCGGAAUGUGGAAAGAGGUUUAGAACCAGCUCCCAUCUCCUCAUGCAUGAGCAGAUACACACGGGGGAGAGGCCCUUCCGCUGCAGCGACUGCGGGAAGGGCUUCAAACGCAACUCCCACCUCGUCAUCCACCGUCGCAUCCACACCGGGGAGAAGCCCUACAAGUGUGACGAGUGUGAGAGGAGCUUCACCAACAGCUCUGCCUUGACCUACCACCAACGGACCCACCAGUAA